UAUAAUAAAGGGAAAAGCCCCCCCCCAAAAAAUCUAAAAAAACAGUAAAGGAACUCGACCCAAACUGUUUCCCCUCCCACUUCCUGUUCCUCCUCCGUCGGCUCGGAGCGUAACUCACACUCUUCAGAGAAAGGACCUGUCCUCCGCUCUACACACUGUGAUGAUGUCAGAUUAUUUGCAGCUAGCUGAUUGGUCCUCUGCUCCGUACCAAACAUCAAAGGUUAGCCCCGCCCCUUCACACACCUUCCUCCAAUCACCAAGCAUGUCCCAUGAUGCCGAGUGGCCGGCAGCUGCCAGUCACCAGUUCAUCACUUCCUCCCACUGGUUGGAAGACUCCAGCUGUGCUUAUGUCCCGCCUCCUCCUGCUUCCUCCUUAUAUGGUAAUCCUGCAGUGACUCCGCCCCCAGCUCGCCUCUUCCCCUCAACACCUGGAUGGAAUGGUUACUAUGGCAACCUGUACCCCUCCCCUUUCUCCUCCGGUGAUUGGUUACCUGACAGUCUGUCAUUGGGGUGGAGCAGUGCACCAGAGCAGCAUGAGUGUGUGAGCUGCGGGACGAGCAGCGCCCCCCUGUGGAGUAGAGACGCUGCGGGUCGACACCUGUGUAACACCUGCUGCCUUCAACAGAAACCCAACAACAGGCCGCUGCUGAUACCCAAGAAAAGAGCUAGUGCGACUCAGAGAAAGGGAACUCAGUGUGUGAACUGUUUGACUGAAACUACGACGCUGUGGAGGAGAAACUCUGCAGGAGAACCAGUCUGCAACGCCUGUGGGCUCUACUACAAACUACACAAGGUCAACCGGCCGCUGGCGAUGAAGAGAGACGGAAUCCAAACCAGGAACCGUAAAGUGACCAAUAAGAAGAAGAGGAGCAGGAAAUCCGACCAAUCAGAGACUAAGCUCUUCCAUGCCGGUCCCCUUCUGACCUCUGCUUCCUCCUCUUCUUCGUCUUCCCGUCAAACAUGAAAA